CCCUCAUAGAGUUCGGUCGACAAGAUACAAGCUUGUCUACACCUGAACACUUGUCCAAAACCAUUAUCCAAAGGAAUUUAGUGACGUCCGAAGUUACCUUCGUACAAGAAUCCGCGAAGGUUGCGCAUGAAUGCUGUAAAUCAAUUUUUUCUGGCCGAUUCGCAGCGGACUGAAAUCUGAAUCGAAUUGACCGCCGUUCUGUGGUUAUCGCCGUCAUAGAAAAAACUAAUUAAUUAUUCCGCACCGAUUUUCUGUGUUUCGGAAGAGGUUCUGAUGAAAUGGUAAACAAAAACAACCUUAAAACCAGAUUAAUUUGUGAAUUAAACAAACCGUUGAAUAAAUAAUCGAUUUGAGGUUGGUUGUGUAUGAAAAUGAUAGAGUGUUGCGUGCGCAAUUUGAUAAAUUAAUCGAAAGUGGUUAGUGCCUUCCGGUAAAAAUCAAUUGAUAUAGAAACAGGAAAAUUCAAAGUUAUAUCUGUUGAACACCCAACACAGUUUCAUGGCUAAAAUGUACUCUAGUCAAACAACACAGAGUGAAGAAGAUGUACCUAAUUCAGAAACACUGCGAAUAAGAAUUUUCUAAUUUUUAAAAAACCUUAUAAACCAAAAUCAUGGAUUCAAAGACAGUUCCAAUUCUUCUAGUCACUGCCAAUGUUGGCUCUAUUUUUGAGGCUCCAAAUGAUAUGUUAAAAAUUUGGUGUGAAGAAUUCAUUUCUACCAUUAGGAAAUUAGAUUGUAAAUUUAUUGGUUUACAUUGCCAAGAAGUUGGAGGAAAGAAUUAUGAACAUAGUAUGAGACAUGUUGAACAUUUCGUAAAAAUUCUCAUGUCUAGUAAUGAAUUAAGGCUAUUCGAUAAAGUGAGAGUCUUCUUAGAUGAGGAUUACAGCUCUGUCGAACAUUUUACUGCGUUAGGAAAUCUAUAUUUUAUUCAUAAUUCCAUUGAAGACAUUUCCAUUUGGGACUUCAAAAAUAACUCAUUCUUGCCAGUAAGGGGUAAAGAAAUUCACUCUGGAAAUAUAGAGUCAGUAACUACCAAAGACAAAGCCAAAUUCCCUCAGGAUUUCUUUCCAGAGUGUAAAUGGUCAAGAAAAGGCUACUUGCGUACACGAUGGUCUUUAAAUGGGACAGUGUUCGAUAUGGUCAACAUUCAUUUGUUUCAUGACGCUUCGAAUAUUGUAGCAAUGGAAACGUCACCUUCAAUUUACUCCAAAGAUCGUAAAAGAGCACUGGAACACACUCUGAAAAGGUUUAACGAUGGUAAAAUACCGUAUUUUUUAUUUGGUGACUUCAAUUUUCGAACAGAUACUAAUUCAGUUGUUAAGAAAAUAACGGAAGGCCUUCAAACUAACAGGGUACAGAACAAUAACAGUAACGAUCACACCAAAUAUCAAUAUACAAACGAGGAUGAUAAGCUCAUAUUGAUCAUUGGAAAAAAGGAAUUUAGUCAUUCUGAUCUCAGUAGUUGCAAGCCUAGUUGUGUAGAUUUAAAUCCUAAAUGGCUGAAACCUUACGAUAUGGAAGUGGAGCAGUUUAAAAAUUACAUAAGCGAAUAUUCGAUAGACUUUCCUCCAUCGUAUCCUUUUGAAGAAGAUAUAGAGAAACCUUCUACUUAUAUGCCAACUCGAUGUCCGUCUUGGUGUGAUCGAGUCCUACUUAGUCAUACAGCCAAAGAACUGAUAAGUGAGGACCAUCCUGUAGGGUAUAAAUUAAUGGGUAUGGAUAUUUGUAUGGGGGACCAUAAGCCUGUGUAUCUAAGUGCCAUAUUGAAGGGUAAUGCAGGUACAGUUUUGUGUUGUGACCAUGUGCAUUACGAAUGUUUGCCUGGCCCAUGUCAGUGUUGCCGUUCUAUAGCUUCUGUAAAAAUUAACAUAACAGAUAUGAGUGAUCAUAUGUCGUACGAGAGCUAUUUCAAAGAAGUAGAUUCAAAGCUUUUGCAUGAGCCACCAAUUACCAAAGACAUGUUGAUGCAUGAACCCUACACACCGGAAAGCACCGAAUCACAUUCCCCUAUGCCCGAUAAAGUAGUGAACGAAAAGAUUACCACCGUACCCCCUAAUUUACUCAAGAGUAAGCUGGAGUAUAUUUUAGAAUCCGAAUUGAAGACAGAACUCAAAGUAUUAGAGCGUUCAAAGUCUGAUAUCGAUCAGAAAGCUAUACCGGUGGGGGAUUAUUUGGGUGAUAAGUGUAAAUCCGUACCUAUGUCGCUUGUAGCGGAGGUGAGCCCUACGUUACAGAGGUGCCAACCCGAAGAUAGGUUGAAUUGUUCGCCUCAGGAACAAUCGCUUGAUAAAGAAGAAAUCGAUGAUAAUCAGAAUAGGAAGAAAGAUCGAAUGCACGUUUCAAGUUGGAAUAUUAGAAAGAAAUGCUGUACCAUAUCGUAGUAUUGGAAAUAUUCGAAAUUUGAGCUGAACCUAUGAAAUAGACGAGAAAUGAAUGGUAUUCGCCUACCUCAUUACCCAAAAUUUUGAUGACAAUAGUUUUUUUUUACAUAAAAAAUGAAAUAGAUGAAUAUUUUCGGUAAAAGGUGCAUGAGACAUUUCUGACUAAUUCUUCGUACGAAGAAUUUAUGGAACCGAAAUCAAGUAAUUGAUUUUCCAUGAAAUAAUAAGAAACAUCUGAAUAUGAGAGAGAGAAAUGAAAAUAGUAAGUAAAAAAAGAAAAUACAUACUGAAGAUUCUAUGAAAUCAUUGAAGAUGCUAAGGAGCCAAAUAACAUUAAAAGAUGAACUAAACAUUUUAAAUAUAAAUGAAUAUAUAGACUAUAAUUAUUUUUUUGGUUUUUAACUCAUAAGUAUAAAAUACGGCUUUUUCAUAUUAACUUGGUCUGAAUAUUACAAAUAUUCAAAAUCACUGAACAGAUCAAACAAAAUUGGAAAUAAAUAUUUUCCAUAUCAAAUUUCCUAUGAAUCAAUCCAAUGAAAUAAACUCAUAAAUUAAACGAGCUCAUCCACUUAAGGUGUCAUAAAUUAUUGAAGCGCUAAUUUUCUGAGGUCAUUCCAAAUAAAUCAACAAAUGGACAGUCAUUUCCAAAGUAAUUUUUUUGCAAUAAAACGAAAAUAGUCCAAGACCAACAGAACUAAGCAUUAUAAAUAUAAAUUAUUCCAGUUUGAAUACAUGUUUCACUGUCAUUUUUCUUUAAUGAGUAUUUAAAUUACACUAAAUAUAUUUCGUCAUCAUUAUAAACUGUUGGAAUUUAUCUGAUUGACUUGAGCCAUGAACUGGCUAUGAAGGAAAUGUAAAUUUUCGUCCUAUAAGAACUAAAAAAUCUCUGAGACCAGAUGCAAUCACCAAAAAUUUAUCACGUAUUCAACUUUUUUUUUCAAUAGAUAAAAUGUUGUUUUGAUAAAAAAAAUGUUUUAACAAAAAUUUACAAUGCAUGAUAUAUACUUGGCGAUUCCAUUGGAUCUUAGAGGUGUUUUUGUUCUUAUUUUGUGACUAGUUAGAUUCUCUGCAUGAUUUCAAAACUCAUUGUUUGGUAAUACUGAAUAGAGGUAACUCUUCUGACUUAGUUGUCUUUACAAUUCCUUAACAAGUUUUCUAUGUAGGAAAACUAUUUUUUUUAUUAUUUUAUCGCAGAGAAAUAUCAUAAAGAUUUUCAAGCUGAACUAUACAAGCAUGAAGUUUGUUCCAUUUUUCAUUCAUUUUCAAUUUGUUAUUGGUUGUUAUGUAUGUCAUUGCAUUUAGCUCUAGUUUUUUGUGUGCUUCAUUUAAUAGUUAGCUAUGUGUUUCAUUCCAAUUCAUACAUUAUGAAAAUAUAUAAUUGAAGUUUCUCGGAACAUCUUGAGUUAUCAUGUAGAAAAUAGUGAAUUUAGAUUUUUUAGUGGGGCCCAAUUUGAUUAAAUAAUCAAAUUAAUCGAAAAGUUUUUUCGGUCACAAAAUCUCUAAUUAAAUUUUUGUUCGUUACUGAUCUUUGUUAAUCUUAUUGGGUUCAAAUGUCGUACCUGUUAUCAGCUGCCAGAGUAGUUAAACAGUUUUAUAUAAAUGUCGUUUUGACUUUGUAUGUCCUUCAGGAGGAGACUAAGAAGAAAAUCAUCGUACAGAGUUUAGGAUAAUAACGAACGAUGUUAUUAACAAAUUUCGCGAGUAAACUUAUAUUUUUUGAUGUAUGAAUAGCUUUAAAUUGUUAAGUCUGAUGUGAUUGGAAGCAUAUCAUUUGAACAGCAGUUAAAGAAAAUAAUCUGAGAGGAUGCUGAAGAAAACUGUCCGUUAUUUUCUUGAUCUGCCUCCAAACGUAUUAGUGAUUGUUUUUCCUAAUCUAGUAUCUUGCUGUUUUAUAUAGGUGAAGUAGUGUUCACAAAUAACGUCAUUAACGAUGUUAAGAUCAAUCUUCAGGAAGCUAGUUCACACACAGUAACAAGAUACAUUUACAUUCAAAAUAUUGAACAUCCCAUUAAAGUAUUCAGGGAGACGGCAGUUUAAAGGAUAUCGAAUAUUGUGAAGCUGUAAGUUUCGAUUGUGUUUUAUGGAGUGAUAUUGAUGCGAAUAUUUUUGUUACUUUUACUUUGUUUUUGUACCAAAAUUGUUCCUUUAAAAAUGUCCUUUUUAUUGUUAUUAACUUCCUCUACUCUCCAACUUAAGGUGAACACUGCCUUCAAUAAUAAAAAAAAAAACAUGACAAAAAUAAUAUUCUAUGGAAAACAUACAGUAGAUCAUUUGACUUGGCAGUUUCUAGAAUUGUCCCGAUCUUUUUAUUUUUCAAAAAGUUUUUAGUUGGUGCGAAAUACUUUAAACAUUAUCUGUUGAUAGACUUAGAAAUUGUUGAUGACUUAAUGUGUAGUUGCUGGGAAUUAUAAAUUACAUAUAUCUGAUUGUUCCAUUACAGUGUUGUCUAAUCUAUGUGCUUAUACUGUUGACUUUUGAUGUAAGAAAUAUUAUGUAUUAUGGUUGUAUAAAAGCUGGUUCCCAAAUGAUAUUCUUCAUUGCAAUCGUUUCAGUUUUAGAGUUUUAUAGAAAGGGAACCGGUUAUAGUCUCAUUUUUGAAAAUUACAAUUCAAAACAUAAAAAUACUACCGUACCCAAAUAUCUUGUGGCUGUGUCAAAUGUUGUCCAUAUUUUUAUCCAAGAUUUCCAAUACAAACCGUUUUUCCAAGUUGGAAAAUGAAAGAAGUUGAUAGGUUUUCGUUUGAAUUUUAAUCGAUGUUAAUUGGUAAUAUAUUCUAUACUUAAGUAGGUUUAUGAUAAAUGUAUACUCAGUUCUUUGUACUUAUGCAUAAUAUACAAGAUGUACAAAAUGAUAAUAAAUGUACUAGUCAUCUACAA